UAAGGUCAGAGGGGAACCAGGAGUGCAGAACCAUGUCGGGGAAGCCCAGGCUUACCUACUGUAAUGGAAGGGGGCGAAUGGAGCCCGUACGAUGGCUGUUGGCUGCAGCUGGUGUGGAGUUUGAAGAAGUUUUUUUGGAAACUAGAGAGCAGUAUGAAAAGUUAAUCAAAGAUGGAGUCCUGAUGUUCCAGCAAGUGCCCCUGGUUGAGAUUGAUGGGAUGAAGAUGGUGCAGACCAGAGCCAUCCUCAGCUACAUAGCAGGGAAAUACAAUCUCUAUGGGAAAGACUUGAAGGAGAGAGCCCUGAUUGAUAUGUAUGUGGAAGGAGUAACAGAUCUGAUGCACAUGAUUUUGAUGUUUCCUUUCUCUCCACCUGAGGCAAAGGAGAAAAAUCUUGACUCAAUUAAGGACAGGGCAACUAACAGGUACUUUCCAGUCUUUGAAAAGGUUUUGAAACAACACGGCCAGGACUUUCUUGUGGGCAACAAAUUCAGCUGGGCAGAUGUUCAGCUAAUUGAAGCCAUUUUAGCAGUAGAGGAGAAAAUACCUGCUGUGCUGUCGGGGUUUCCUCAGUUGCAGGCUUUUAAAAUAAGAAUGAGCAAUAUGCCUACAAUUAAGAAGUUCCUGCAGCCUGGCAGCCCAAGGAAACCCCCACCAGACGAACGUUACAUAGAAACUGUGUUGAAGAUUUUUAAGAAAUGA